CCAGCUCCAUCCUUUGAUUUUUCCUCCUAUUUAUCUACUGUUUGACUGUACAGACACUUCACCCGUCACUUAUUUCGCCACCGCUCCAGAGUAAACUGAUCGGCACCAGAUUCCAUGGAUUUUCCUCGUGGCCAUAACACCCACCACCACCACCACCCCCACCGCCCAGGUCCGGAAGAAGAAGUGUACCCACCCGCAGCACGGCCACAUCCACCUCCCUACUAUGAAAACGAGCCGCCGCCACCGCCACCACCAGUAGUCCACCAUCCGCAUCCAGCCCCUUACUAUGCAAACGAGCCGCCGCCGCCACCGCAAGUGACCCAUGUUCACCAUGGAGGAGGUGCCGGAGGACCACAUCCCCCAGAUUUCCGCAACGAUCCACCACCACCACCACCACCUGUUGUUGAGCAUGUUUCCCAUCACUCCUUUCAUCCCCACAUGCCUUCUGUUUUCCACCAUCACACCCAUCACUCAAAGAUCGCUGAUAAGCCUUCUGUCAGAGUUUACACUAAGGCAGAGCCUAAUUAUUCUCUUACCAUCCGUGAUGGAAAGGUUAUCCUUGCUCCUUCUAAUACAUCUGACCCUUUUCAGCACUGGAUCAAGGAUGAGAAGUAUAGCACCAAGGUGAAGGAUGAAGAGGGAUUUCCCAGUUUUGCACUGGUCAACAAAGCCACUGGCCAGGCCAUGAAGCACUCUAUUGGGGCUACUCAACCUGUGCAGCUAAUCCCUUACAAUCCUGAUGUUCUUGAUGAGUCAAUCUUGUGGACCGAGAGCAGGGACUUGGGUGAUACCUUCAGAACAAUUAGAAUGGUGAACAAUAUUCGCCUGAACGUGGAUGCUUUCAAUGGCGAUAAAAAUCAUGGUGGUGUACAUGACGGCACCGUUAUUGUUCUAUGGGAAUGGAAGAAAGGGGAUAACCAAAGAUGGAAGAUAGUGCGCUACUAAUAUUCGGACCUGCAGAAUGAAUCGGCCUUCUUUCAGCUACUCUUCCAUUUCUAUGAUCUGGAAGAAUGGGCUUCUUCUUUCAGGGCCUAAAUAUGUGUGUAAGGGAAUUAAAAUAAAUUGUUGAGAAGUUUGUUCUCUAGUAGUGACUUGUGUGUCUUGUAUUGUGCGUGUGAAAUAAUUGUGUUCAGCUUCCACUUGAAGAACCACUGGCAGCACGUCUUUUAAGAGGGGGCUAAAUUUAUAACAGUAUGUAAAAUGAUUUAAUAUAGUUCUCAUAUCUCGUAUACCCAUUGUCUUCUUUUUUUAACCAUUUUCAA